AUGGCGGAUACAGAGACGUUUGCUUUCCAGGCCGAGAUUAAUCAGCUGCUGAGUCUAAUCAUCAACACCUUUUACAGCAACAAGGAGAUCUUUCUUCGUGAAUUGAUCAGUAAUUCAUCUGAUGCUCUAGACAAGAUCCGCUUUGAGAGCUUGACUGACAAGAGCAAGCUUGAUGCACAACCCGAGCUAUUCAUCCACAUAAUCCCCGACAAGACCAACAAUACCCUGACCAUUGUUGACAGUGGCAUCGGCAUGACCAAGGCUGACCUUGUGAACAACCUUGGCACAAUUGCCCGGUCUGGGACCAAGGAGUUUAUGGAGGCCCUGGCUGCUGGUGCUGAUGUUAGUAUGAUUGGUCAAUUUGGUGUCGGUUUCUACUCUGCUUACCUUGUGGCUGAAAAGGUGAUUGUCACCACCAAGCACAAUGAUGAUGAGCAGUAUGUCUGGGAGUCUCAGGCUGGAGGCUCCUUCACCGUCACAAGGGACACCUCUGGUGAGCCCCUUGGCCGGGGCACAAAGAUCACCCUCCACCUCAAGGAGGACCAGCUCGAGUAUCUUGAGGAGCGCCGUCUCAAGGACCUCGUCAAGAAGCACUCCGAAUUCAUCAGCUAUCCCAUCUCCCUCUGGAUUGAGAAGACUACCGAGAAGGAAAUAUCAGAUGACGAGGAUGAGGAUGAGGAAAAGAAGGACGAGGAGGGAAAGGUAGAGGAGGUGGAUGAGGACAAGGAGAAAGCUGAGAAGAAGAAGAAGAAGAUCAAGGAGGUGUCUCACGAGUGGGAUUUGGUGAACAAGCAGAAGCCCAUUUGGAUGAGGAAGCCUGAGGAGAUCACCAAGGAAGAGUACUCGGCCUUCUACAAGUCCCUGACCAAUGAUUGGGAGGAGCACCUGGCUGUGAAACACUUUUCGGUUGAGGGCCAGCUCGAGUUCAAGGCCAUUCUGUUUGUCCCCAAGCGGGCCCCAUUUGACCUCUUUGACGGCCGGAAGAAGCCCAACAACAUCAAGCUGUAUGUCCGUCGGGUUUUCAUUAUGGACAACUGUGAGGAGCUUAUUCCUGAAUACCUGGGCUUUGUAAAGGGCAUAGUCGACUCUGAGGAUCUCCCCCUCAACAUCUCCCGUGAGAUGCUCCAGCAGAACAAGAUCCUCAAGGUGAUCCGUAAGAACCUGGUCAAGAAGUGCAUCGAGCUCUUUUUCGAGAUUGCUGAGAACAAGGAAGACUACAACAAGUUCUACGAAGCUUUCUCCAAGAACUUGAAGCUCGGAAUCCACGAGGACUCACAGAACAAGUCGAAGAUUGCUGAGUUGCUUAGAUACCACUCGACCAAGAGUGGCGAUGAGUUGACGAGUCUCAAGGACUACGUGACGAGGAUGAAGGAGGGUCAGAAUGACAUUUAUUAUAUUACUGGUGAGAGCAAGAAGGCAGUCGAGAACUCUCCCUUCCUUGAGCGGCUCAAGAAGAAGGGUUACGAGGUUCUGUUCAUGGUGGAUGCCAUUGAUGAGUACGCUGUGGGUCAGUUGAAGGAGUUUGAGGGCAAAAAGCUUGUCUCAGCCACCAAGGAGGGUCUGAAGCUUGACGAGAGUGAGGAUGAGAAGAAGAAAAAGGAGGAAUUGAAGGAGAAGUUUGAGGGUCUUUGCAAGGUGAUUAAGGAUGUUCUUGGAGAUAAGGUCGAAAAGGUUGUUGUGUCUGACCGUGUUGUUGACUCGCCCUGCUGUCUGGUGACUGGAGAGUACGGGUGGACUGCUAAUAUGGAGAGGAUCAUGAAGGCACAGGCUUUGAGGGACUCGAGCAUGGCUGGCUACAUGUCGAGCAAGAAGACUAUGGAGAUCAAUCCGGAGAAUCCUAUCAUGGAGGAGCUGAGGAAGAGGGCUGAUGCCGAUAAAAACGACAAGUCGGUUAAGGAUUUGGUGCUGUUGCUGUUUGAGACUGCCCUGCUCACUUCGGGCUUUAGCCUGGACGAGCCCAGCACGUUUGGCAAUAGAAUUCAUAGGAUGUUGAAGCUUGGACUGAGCAUUGAUGAUGAUGCCGGUGAGGGUGAUGCUGACAUGCCUCUGCUGGAGGAAGCAGAUGCUGAUGCUGAGGGCAGCAAGAUGGAGGAAGUUGAUUAA